UGAGCAUCAACCUCUCUCACCGCAUUAUAGUGGCUUCGAUAUCAUUUUUAGGAUCUCUGUGGAAGGGUGGGGGCAAAACUGCCCCUUUUACAAACAACUUGUGCAGUAAAAUGUGAAGUCAGUGGAAGACCUUACGCACUCGUAUUAAGAGCAAAACAGUGGUUUUGGCUUUCCCACACACACUGAAGCAUGGAUGUUAAACUGGAUUUGACCGUCCACGCUGUUGUUUUCAUCCUUCUGACGGCUGGAUGCGCGCACUUGGACGCGCGCUCGGUCCCACUUCAGAGGUCAAGGCGGCAAACCUCUACAGCAAAACCAGCACUGAAGGUGACAGAGUACCAUGUGCGAUGUUCAGUAGUGUCCCGCUAUGCUAUAACUACAGUGGAGAGCACUGUCUGGAACCAGCUCCACAUCGCUAAGGAAGCAGCCUUUGAGGUGGAUUUGUCCUCGUCUGCGUUCAUCUCCAACUUCACCAUCACGUCAAACCAUAAGGUGUAUGUGGCUCAAGUGAAGAGGAGGACUGAUGCCAGGAAGAUCUAUGACAAUGCUAAGAAGCAAGGGAAAACGGCAGGACUUGUUGCCACCAAGGAACGUGAGAUGGAGAAGUUUCGUGUGGCAGUCAACGUUCCUCCUGGUGCUCGCGUGUCCUUCUCACUGGCGUAUGAGGAGCUGUUAUCACGAAAACUUGGGCGUUAUGAGCUCUCUCUAGGUCUACGGCCGGGCCAACCUGUGCAAAACUUAUCCCUGGAGGUCAGCAUAUCAGAGAGGACAGGCAUCAGCUUUAUCAGAGCUUUGCCACUGCGAACUAGCCGACUGCUCUCCAACAGCGUUCAAGCAGAUGCAGAAGCUCCUCCUGCAACUAAGGUCAAGCAGAAUCCUUACUGCGCUCAUGUGCGCUACACUCCCUCCAUACAGCAGCAGAGGAACAUCUCCCCCAAGGGGCUCAGUGCAGACUUCAUCAUUCAGUAUGAUGUGGAGCUCAAAGACCCCAUGGGUGACAUCCAGGUGGAUGACGGCUACUUUGUUCAUUUCUUUGCACCUCGAGGACUUCCUGUGGUUCCUAAAGACGUCAUCUUUGUCAUUGACAUCAGCGGCUCAAUGAUUGGCACAAAAAUCAAGCAGACUAAAGCGGCCAUGAUCACCAUACUGAGUGACCUACGUGAAGGAGAUUACUUCAAUCUCAUCACUUUCUCAGAUGAUGUCCACAUCUGGAAGAAAGACAGAACUGUCCGGGCCACACGGCAGAAUUUGCGGGAUGCCAAGGAAUUUGUCAGGAAGAUAAUAGCAGCGGGAUGGACAAACAUCAAUGCAGCUCUACUAUCGGCAGCUAAACUGCUAAAUCCAUCCACACGUUCAUCUUCACACACUGGCCGUGCACCAUCCUCUCACCGUGUGCCUAUGAUCAUCUUUCUGACCGAUGGAGAAGCCACUAUUGGGGAGACCGAAACAGAUGUGAUUCUGCAUAAUGCACAGAAAUCUUUGGGUUUGGUGUCGUUAUUUGGCUUGGCUUUUGGAGACGAUGCUGAUUUUCCAAUGUUGAGAAGGCUGGCGCUGGAGAAUCGAGGUGUGGCUCGGAUGGUAUACGAGGAUGACGAUGCAGCUAUCCAGCUGAAAGGUUUCUAUGAUGAAGUGGCUACUCCUCUGCUUUCAGAUAUCCAGCUGUCCUAUCUCGAUGAUCAGGUGUAUGAUAUCACUCGCUCUCUGUUCCCCAACUACUUUCAGGGUUCUGAAUUAGUAGUCACAGGACGACUUAAACCAGGCGUGCGGGAUCUGAAAAUUACACUAACAGCAAGUGAUUCAAAGCAAAAAGUGAAAGUGGAAAAUGAGCUACCAUUGGCCAAAGCACUUAUAAAUGGCACAGAUCCAUCUCUAGUUUGUGGGAAGGCACUGGAUGGAAUUCCUAGCUUUGUGCAUCGGCUCUGGGCUUACUUUACAAUCAAAGAGUUGCUGCUGGCUAAAAUGAACACCUCAGAUGUGACCAUACAGCGUCUGCUUGUAGAAAAAGCCACCAAUCUUUCACUGGAGUACAAUUUUGUAACACCAGUCACUUCACUGGUUGUGAUUAAACCGGAUAUUGAUGAACCAGAACCGACUGUUAGCUCUUCAGUAGUGGCUACUACUAGCAAGACUUCAGCUAGCACCACAGCAGGUUCUGCAAACAUGAGCAAUCAGACCUCUCACGUUGCACCUAAAAUAUCUUCCACAUCUGCGAUGGGAACCAAAAAAUCCAGGCUUCUCUCAUCACCAAAAACAAGCAAACCUCCUGUCACUAAAUCUGUCCAAGCACAUCCACCACUCUCAGGGCUUCACACCACAAAUCGACCACAGAACGCCUCUGUCUCUCUUAACAAAACAAUUCUUACUCCAUCCCCAAAGAAGACCACUACAGGACCACCUAAAACCACCACUACCAUACCGUCCACCAAGCCGUCCUCCUCUCCUGCUAGCACCAUCAAAACCACACAAACACGCAUGCCACCUAGUACAUCGAAAACCACUACUUCCUCUGCACCAGUCAAAAUCACAACACUAGCUGCCCUAGUCAAAACUGCACCUUCUUCAGAGAAAGACUCUUCUUUGGACGUCAAAAACUCGACUAACUCAAGACUCACAACACUUCAGCAGGUCCAACAGACAUCAACCUCCAGAGCAUCCACCACAGAGACUGAUUCAGACAUUCAGGUUGAGCUGGAAGUGGCUACAUUGAUGGCUCCUAAUUUUCUGCCAAUGCCGGGAAUGACAGAUGCACCAAAACUGUGGGAAGCCGCUCGUUUUCUAGAUGUGUCUUCAUCCAUCCAGAUUCAGAGGAAAGAUAUUGAUAUUGAUCUUGUGCAAGAUUACGAUACAGCACGUGACUACGACUACAACAUCCACUAUGAGUCAUAUCCAGAUGCAGAUGCAGAGGUGUCUGACCCAAACAAUCCACCAAGUUUAAGUUCGGUUAGAGUGUUCUCCUCAUCAGUGGAUGGAGACCCACAUUUUGUGAUUCAACUCCCAAAGCUACAUCAGCACUUGUGUUUCACCAUUGAUGGCAGGGCUGAUGAUGUCCUACGGCUACUUGAGGAUCCAGAAAAAGGAAUUAUCGUGGAUGGGCAUUUAAUUCUGGGACCUCCUAAGAAGGGGAUGGAGAAUCGUAAUCGUACCUUUUUCGACAGAAUUUCCAUCACUGCUACCAAACAUGCUGCUAUGAUCACGUUAACAUCGGUUUCGGUGGUAGUGGAAGAGGAAGGGGAUGAAAUGGAGACCCUGCCAACUAAUCAGAGAGGAACGGUGGAGCGACACGGCUUGAGAAUCACGGUUGAAGAGCAUCACAGCUGUUGGAUUGAGCUCGGGGUCGGUGUUCGGUUCCUUAUUCUCUUCCAUCGUUAUAACCAUCCUGAAUACUUUCAAGUGGAGCACCUGGGCUUCUAUAUUGCAGAAGGAAUUGGACUUUCUCGGCACACUCAAGGGCUGUUGGGCCAGUUUCUACAUACCCAUAUAGAGGUCACGAAGGGAACGGAUCAAGCUGGUUUCCACCAUGCACAAACAAAUAAGAACACUUCACUGGCUUGUGGAUUGCUGAGGAAAGGUAACAAGCAUUUGCCAGUCACUCUGCAAAACACAAACCUGAAAGACUCAACCAAAAAGCGACACUUCUCUCAAUGUUGGGUUGUGCCAAAGGUGGAUGUAGAGAGACUUCUGGAACAGUCCUAUGAGAGCUAUGUGGUGGAUCGCCAGUAGAUAACCCAUUUCUACACAUCUACAGAGGUACAACAAUUAUAGAAAAGACAUUACAAUCUUGACAGUGCAAAAUCAUUGGGGAAAAACAGACUAUGAAUAGACAAACUGUGAGCAUUUGAAAGAAGCAAUGGCUGAUCCAAAUAUUUUGAGUUUAAAAAUAAGGGUAUGCUAACAUCCAAAGCCUUGUUUUUUUAAUUAUUUUUUUAAAAAUUAAGUAUUGCUCUGCGAGAAUGACAGAACUUUUAUUCAUAAAAAAGUCACCCCAUCCCACUUAAUCAUUACUGAAGACUAGAGUAUUGGUGAAAACAAUAACAGUUUAAAAUGUAUUCAAAUAGAAAAUAGUUUUUUUGUAAAUUAUAUGAAGUUUGUAAAAUUAGUAAAGUAUAAUUUUGUUAAAUUGUCAUAAUAUUUCCAAAUAUCACGUUUAUUAUUUGGUCAAAUCAGCAUGGCCUUGGUGAAAAUAAGACACAUUUUUCGAAAACAAAAAUAUAAACAUCCGCAAACUUUUGAGUGUGUAUAUCAGUGCAAUUUCAUAAUUCUAUUAAAACACUAUUUACUAUUCUCCUUGGCGUAUAGAUAAUGAUCACAAUAUUUUAGUAAUUACAUAUUUUAUUCUAAGCUUCCAGAUAGUUUUGCAUAAAUAUAUUUGUUUGUAUAUACGACUUAUAAUAAAAUAAUAUAACAAGCAUUGUGUAAAGCGAUUGAUAAAAUAUUGUACAUUAGUUAUGGCUAGGGCCAGACAGAAUCUGCGCACAUUUUUUGCUAUUUGUGCACAGAAUUUAGUAAAAAAUCUGCAGCUUUUUGCAGAAGGAUCUUGGGAGUAUCAUUAUUAAAAGCUUAAUAUAUUUAAUUAAAAUAAUACAUUUUUAACUUUUAUUUAAAGGGCACCUAUUUUACCCCUUUUUCAAUAUUUAAGAUAAGUCUUUUGCACCUCCGGAAUGUGUCUGUAAAGUUUCAGCUCAAAACACCCAUUAGAUUAUUUAUUAUACCUUACAGAAUAUUGGAAUUAUCUGUUCCAAACACAAUGUAGCGUUUUUUUAUUGCCUGUGCCUUAAAUGCUGGUUCUACCCGCCCACCGUUUCCACGUGCCUGUCAGAGUGUGCCUCAAUUUUCGCCUAGGCUGCUUCAGAUAAACAACACAGUGACAGACAUGAAAGAAGCAGAUCUCACAUAUAACGUUUGUAAGAAAUACUACAGUAAGAACUUUCCCAAUGAUUAUUUGAUGUAAUUGUUGUGGAGUUGCAACGAUGAGUCACACAUAAUGUCGUUACAAAGUUCACAAACACACACACACACACACACAAACACACACACACACAGCGUGUGCGUUUAACUUUGCACUGUUUUUGCACGGCAAAUGUGACAGGAUACAAGUUAAUAUCCACUGCUGUAUGGAUAUAUGUUAUGUUAAUGUACAAAAUAAACCAGAUUUAACGUCUACAAACCGGGAUUGAAGCAUCUUCUUUUAUAAUUGUACUGACAUGCAGCUUUGGUAAUAAAGACUGUAAAAUCACUGUAAUUCAUAAUAAACAUGCACUGUUUUAAAAACUUUUUAAACUUGUAAAACUCAUGCUUGAUCACAUUCGAUGAUGAUUGAUGAUCACAGAGCGCUCAACAGAUCUUUUAAUCCCAGUUGCUUUGCGCACAUCCUGUCUUGUUUAUAUGAUUACACGUUUUACUGACGGAGACAUGUUAAUAUGCCGCUGUCAAUCAAUUCAGUGGGCAGGGGAACCGCACUCCUACUUAAUAUCGUGGUCGGCCUCAAAAUGAAAGGGAUUUGGAUCCUAUUUUAACGUCAGAAAAUUAAAAAAAUAGAUUUAUUGUGUUGCUAUCACUCAAAUAUGACUGAGGACACACUAUACCUACACACAGAUCUGUCCAAACAGCUUCCACAAGAUGAUUUUCAUCAUAGGUGUCCUUUAAUGUUUACAACACAAAUCCAAUUAGAUCUACUUAAUUGGUAAACAAAGCACGUCUCUCAUAUAAUAUAUCUACUAAAAGACAGAAAAUAUUACUUUACAAACUGUAGUGUAAAUAAAUCUUAUGAACAUCUUCAUAGUAGUCAAUAAUAUUACUGAAAUUAAUUUAAAAACUGAAUAAAUAUUAAUUUACACACAUUUACACAACUAAAUAAAUAGAGUCAAUGAUGGGCUAAAAAUCUGCAGCUUUCUGAGUGUGCAGAUUCCAUGUGGGCCUAGUUAUGAGUACUGAAUGUUGCUAGGAAAGGCCAAUAAUCAAACGUAACCAAAGAGCGAGUUUCAUUUUAUUCAUAUUUAUUUUUUGUUGCACAAGACUGCUCAAACACGAGAUGAAAUUCACAACUUAAAUUGUCGAGUUUGUGUGUCAGUUUGUUUGUUUUUUUUAUAAGAUGUUUAGUUGUUUCAACAUUGAAAAUGAAAGACAAAAUGAAAAUAAAUACAGUACAAAACAGUUAAUCCGAACAUAUAUGACAAUAUGCUGGAAAGGUGCAAAAGAAAACAAAUAUAGCAAUGCAGCAAAACUCUAUUGGAUUCCAGUUAUCGUUAAUUCACAAUCUAACUUGUGCACUAAGGAGGAGAGUUCAAGACCUGUAUGUUUCUAUUGUGAAUCUAUAAGGCCAUUAGUGACUUUGGCCCAAUAAAAUUCAAGAAUGUAAUGAAA